CACCAUCACCCAACAGUAAAUAGAACGCGCGCUGAAACUAGAAGGGAGCGGUGCGAGCCAUCUCCCCUGCUUUUCUGCCUCGCUCACCGCACGCCAUCUCGGCAUCUCCUUCCUCCCCCACCAGCGCUGAAGCUUGCAUCGUAUCCAUGGCACCAGCCACUUAAGCAAACGGGUUCAGCCCUGCGAGUCGAGGAUUCAAGCAAGAAGAGGAGGCAGUGAGGAUUCAAGCAAGAACAGGAGGCAGCGCGCACCUCAUCACAUCGGCGUCUUCGGCCGGCAUGGAAAGCAAUGUAGACCUAGAGGCGUCUGAUUUACAGGUCACAGAUAACUGGGAGUUCGCAUCCGCCGUAGGCCCAGGCGCAGUUACAUCUAGGAUUUCAGUGCAAAAGCCGUGCAACAUAUUCUCCCAGUUUGGACAGUUCAAGAGGAAGUUGAUAGCAGAGAUUGGUUUUGAAGGCGUGCUGUCACUCAGGUCCCUGCCGAAGCUGAACCUGAAAUUCAGUUCGUUCCUCAUGGAGAGGGUGGAUGCAGACACAUGCGUAAUCACCAUAGAUGAAGGGCGUUCAAUCAAGUUCACAGCAGCUGAUGUCAACAAUGUUUUUGGGCUUCCAGUAGGUGGGAAAAGGAUAUCAACAUAUCCAUGUGACUUGUCGGAGGCAUGCAUUGAGUACAAGAAAUUUGCAGAAGAGCUUAGUGACAAGGGCACACAUAACCUGAAAGCUGCAGAGGCCAUACUAUUGAAAGACAUCCAGGAAGACUCGCCUAGGGUCGCCAUAGAGAUGUUUAAAAUUGCCGCUGUUAUUUUUAUUUUUGGGCAUUUGCUAUGUCCUUCGUCGAAGAAUGACUACACCAGCGUAGACUACUGGGGUGCACUGAACACAACUUUAGAGAUUAGUCAAUUUGAUUGGUGUGAAUUUGUCAUCGAGCACCUGUUAAGCGCUGUCCGAAAGCUGAAGACUGAUCUUCAGACACGGCACUCAACUAUACAUCUUGUGGUUGCCAUCUGUUCCUACAGGUUUUUGUGCUCGACAAUUUGGACCUGGGUCAGCAAACUCCUCGAGACCCUUCGACGCCCAGGGUCUGUGUUUUCGAUUAUGACAUCACCCGCAAGAUGAUAGAGGCGCUCAGUUGCAGUCAAGGUGGUGAACCAGCAUUUUCAAUCUCCAGGG